UAAAGGCCACACCGAGCUCGCAUCUGGCAGGCACCAGUGCAACACGAGGACUGAGCACAGCCCUUCAUGACUUCCUCACCCAGAACAGAAGGUGGCAACUGAGGAGUUUCUGACCAGCUCACGAGGUAGCCAGACACCAUGGACAGAAAGCUGCGACACCUGCUGAUGUUCCUUCUCAUCAUCCUGAUGGUGCCCAACCUGCAGGUAGCUGGGUGGUUGUGGGGAUCAAGUGAGAAAGCCGACAGCAACUGCACACCAUCAUCAGCUCAGAACGCCGGCCGCAGCUGCGCACCACCGCGCUGCGAUUGCCGUGCUCUGGGCCUCACCAGCAUCAAUGUGAACCUCCCAACAUCCUUCACAGAGUUAGAUUUGGGACAUAACAAGAUAACAAUGAUUCAGAAAGGUACAUUUAAAAAUCUACCCCAGCUACAAAUUUUGGACCUGUCCAAAAACCAGAUAACAAUGAUUCAGAAAGGUGCAUUUGAAAAUCUACCCCAGCUACAAAUAUUGAUCCUGUCCAGCAACCAGAUAAGAAUGAUUCAGGCAGGUACAUUUGUAAAUCUACCACUCCUUCAAAAGUUGUACCUGCACAACAACCAGAUAACAAUGAUUCAGAAAGGUGCAUUUACAAAUCUACCCUGCCUACGAGAGUUGUGGCUAAGCUACAACCAAAUAACAAUGAUUCAGAAAGGUGCAUUUGAAAAUCUACCCCAGCUACUAAUAUUGCACCUGUCCAACAACCAGAUAACUAUGCUUCAGGCAAGUUUACUUGUAAAUCUACCCCUGCUUCAAACGUUGUUUCUGCACGACAACCAGAUAACAAUGAUUCAGGCAGGUACAUUUGUAAACUUACCCAAGCUGCAAAAGUUGACACUUACGAGCAACAAGAUGUCUGCCAUUACCCCUUUAGCUUUCAGAUUGUUGCCGUGUAAUCUAAACAUAGAACUUAACGGGAACCCCUGGCAGUGUGACUGUAAGAUGGUUCCCUUCAGGCUAGAUUCGACAGAAUUUCCUUCAUAUAAACACAAGAUAACCUGUGCCGAACCCGCCAACUUACGGGGACAGAAGCUUACAGAUGUCAGUCCUGACGAUUUGAUAUGUGCAGAGCAAACCACAUUUUCAACAUUGCCUGUCCAAGUAACCUUUAACGACUGUUACAAAGGCACAACAUCUGGCUUCACAGUCAAGAACAAAAAAGGCAAAACAAAACCAACAGUAGCUUCACCCCCUCAAAGCAUUAGUAUCCAUGCUGAUGCCCGAUCAACUUCUAUAAACAAUCAUAAUUACACAGCAGCUAGCUCAACAGCAGGCCCUGUAGGAAAAAGAGCCAAAACAAGGGCAUUACUAAGUUCUACCGUUCAAGCCACUUCAGACAAGCCGGAAACAGAAAUUUCCCAUGCUGAUACGCAAAUAACAUCUAAUGACUAUUACAACUGCAUAAUAACAGACUUUAAAGGUAAAAGAGGCACAACUGGGGCGACAGAAAGUCCGACUCUGCAAACCACUUCAGACGAACCCAAAAGCGGCAGUUCCAUAAAAUCUUAUCCCAGUUUCCCCAUACCUGCUAUCAUUGGCUCUAUCUGGGGUUCAAUAGCUGGUAUUGCACUGAUCGGCACCGUCAUUCUCACGAUCUGGUGCAAGAGGAGGACCAAGAAUCCCCUUUCAGGCCCCUCUUCAGGUCCUAAUUCUAACAUUGCUUUGGAUAAUGUUGCCAAGUCUGCUACUUUAGUGACCAGUGGUCAUGAUCAGACAGGGCAGGGCCAGUGUCAGACAAUCACUGAUGAUGAGACCAUCUAUGUGCAGCCAGAUGGUGCCCUGUACAUGAAGCAAGAAGAUGUCCUGUAUGAGAUGCCGGCUGAUGCAGGUCCAAGACAGCCUACUGAAGAAACGUCCCUAGCGCCAUCCAAAAGAAAGUCACGUCUUAAAGACAAGCCUAACUCCCUCCCUCCUCCCCGUGGUGAUGACGAUUGUGUGUAUGUGGUGCCAGAUGGUGCCAUGUAUAUGACACCAGAAGAUGUUCUGUAUGAGAUGCCUACAAACAGUCAUCACAAGCAGCCAAUAGGCACUAAUGAAAACAUGCACUACUACCAACCUCAAACAAAGGACACAGCUUUACCCACUGAUGCUGAUGGCUAUAUGAUCGUAGCACCCAAACACAUGGAAGGCCAUUGAAUUUUAGUCAUUUCAAGAGUUGUAAAUCAUAACCAUAGGUUUUACCUCAAAUUUUGAUAAGAUUCACACGAAAUGUGAAUAGGCGGAUUUCAUUUAACUCUUUUGAUUCUUAAAGAAAAGAUUAAAUCGGCUAUUGUGCUGAGUUUAAGGCCAAUUUUCCUUUUCAUCUGUAUUGGCGAUUGAAAAUAUCACUUGUCGAAAGAAAAGUGACAAACUAUCGGAAUGCCCCUCUGGCUUUGAAAUGGACUUAAGGAUACUAUAACAUCAGAAACCUUUUCUAAAUAUCUAUUUGAAAGUUACUUUAUACGCACAUAAAAUCUUAGUGCAUACAUGUUUCUCAUAGAACAUUGAUUUGCACAGUCUUCGUUUGGAGCAUGCAUGUAGAAGCAAUUGUACCUGUCAAACAUAGUUGAUUCUAAUGGUUGUACAGCCUGUUGCAGUACUGUCCUUACAUCCUCUCUCUCAAAAGCAUUAGCUCCUGAUGUUACUCAAUCGCCAUUUCCAAUUGCUUCUCGGAACUUCACUCACUGGUGUCUCAACUAAGAACUUUCUCAGCAUGUCAGCAAGGACACGUUUUGCCAAUUUCACAGAAGCAAACCUCCAUUUAUUCUUCUACAGUCCACUUCUCAUGACGAAUACACCUUGAGGGAACAAGGUUCAUCGUAAUAGCUUCCCUGAUGGGUAAAACUUUAAAACGCUUUCAUGGUUUAUUUGACAAAUAUCUGUCACUAAAUCCGGUGUAGUAACCCAAAACAUCUGCGUGGCACUUGUGAGUCCUGUUUCGUUUGUGAUGAUUUGAAGCAUAAAGCCCCACUGUGAAGUGAGAUUUUUACAGUUUUGUGACUUUGGUAAAAACCCAAGUUGUUCUCCUAUCUUUGACAUAUAUCAUUUUUAUAAUAAUUAUAAUGUAUCUGAUUCCCUACCAGGUUGUACAACAGACACUGCUGUUUGGGCGAUU